GUAAACUUGUAACUCUUUGACACUGAAUGACGCGUGUCAUUUGCCAAUUGUCAGAGGUUGUGUCAGUCCGUCGAGUACUCCGUCAUGGCAGCUGCUCAAAUCUGUGGCAUAUUUCUUCUUCUGGUGGCUGUUGCCUCGCCCACUGCCAAGAUUAACUGUAAUGACGGCAACUACUACAUUCGUGCAGAUCCGGAAUCCUGCAGCCACUUUUACAAAUGUGACAACGGGCGGCCUGUGAGGUUCACGUGUCCUAGUGGCCUCUUUUACAACCCCACUUCAUACGUGUGUGACUGGCCGUACAACGUAAAAUGUGAGAACAACGGGCAGAACAAUGGCGGACAGAAUUAUAAUGGUAAUAAUGGUCAAUACAAUGGUAAUACUGGACAAGGACAAUACAAUGGUAAUACUGGACAAGGACAAUACAAUGGCAACACUGGAGGUCAAAAGAAUAACGGCAACAAUGGCCAAGGACAGAAAAGUGGAAAGUAUAAACAAUACAAUGGAAACAAUGGAGGUCAACAGUAUAACGGUAACAAUGGCCAAUACCAAGAUAGUGGGAACAAUGAAGAACACAAUGGGAACAAUGGGCAAGGUCAAUACAAUGGUAAUAAUGGAGGUCAAAAGUAUAAUGGAAAUGGUGGACAAGGUCAAAAAUACUGGAAACAAUGGACAGUACAAUGGGAACAAUGGGCAAGGACAGUACAAUGGGAACUCUGGACAAGGACAAUUACAAUGGUAACAAUGGAGGUCAAAAGUAUAACGGAAACAAUGGACAAGGCCAGAAUUCUGGAAACAAUGGGCAGUACAACGAUGAUAACGGACAAGAUCAGAACAACGGGGAAAUCAAAACGAACACGAUGA